UAUCGUCCUCUUCCUCGCCGAAACCGAUAAAGCUCAGACGUGGGCUUCCUGAUCCAAUCGAACCGCCCCCGCCUUCGCCGGCUGGAGUCGCAUCACGCGCCGUCCUCGAGAUCGCGCCCGUCAACGAAAGAUCUCGGAUGAGAUGAUCGCGUGCGUCGCAGUCGUCGGUCACCAGAACAACCCGCUUUACCUGCAGAGCUUCACCGGUGCCGACGAUGCCCUCAAGCUCCACCACAUCGUCCACUGCUCCCUCGACGUUAUUGACGAGAGAGUGAAUAAUCCUAAGAGGUCCGUGAUUACUCUAAAUGAGAGUUAUCUUGGUCUUUUAUAUCCUACAGAGAGUUACAAAGUAUAUGGGUACUUGUCUAACACAAAGGUGAAAUUCCUCGUGGUAACAACUGAUUUGGAUGUCAAAGAUACUGAUAUUAGGAGUUUCUUCAGGAGAUUCCACGCUGCAUACGUCGAUGCUGUUUCCAACCCCUUCCAUGUUCCAGGAAAGAAGAUAAUCUCCAGGAUCUUUGCCGUGAGAGUCAGCGGCAUCGUCAAAGCUUUUGCACCAGGCACAUAUGGAUGAAUCCUUCUUCCCCCUUUUCCUCCCUUGCUGAACAAGUUUUAAAUUCAACUGUUAAAUUUGUAGACUAUUUUUGAUCUUCUGUUCUUGUAGUUGUCAAAAUCCUUGAUUUAAAAUGCCGAUAAUAAUACCGCAUAAUACAGAUCUAAUGGAAGAACAGUUUCAUUGGAGUUGAACUUUCGAAAUGCAAAAUAACUAAGUUGUUGAAAUAUAUGGGAAAAUUUUAUUUUGCUCA